CACUUCACUUGCCCCCGAUCGAUUCCAGCCCGGCUUGUCCGCCUCCGCUGAGUCCUGCUCGCUCCCAUCCGUCCGCACACUCAACCGUACUAUCAAGCCCCUCCCCCAGUCGCAGCCAUGAUCGACGGAUACGACCUGUUUGCACCGGGUGUGUGUGUCUCUGUGAUCCUAUCGCUGUUUCUGGGCCCUCUCUAUUUCCCCAAGGCCUAUCUGAUCUUCCUGGCGGUCUACCUCUCGCUCUUCCUGGCCCUCGGCAUGACCCACGUCGUCAAGUAUAGACUCACCGCCCAGCGUAUGAUCCAGAACAUCCAUGCCUACUACUCUUCUGUCGAUGCUGCCGAGCCCACGCUCUCGGGCUCCCUGUCCGCAAAGUCCGGCAGCGGACACACCCACGUCUUUGUCAUCCCCAAUUACUCCGAGCCCUACUCCCUGCUCCAAAAGACCAUCGGGCGACUAGCCAGCCAUCGCCAAGCCAAAACCAAUUACAUCAUCGUCCUUGCCAUGGAAGCCUCUGAAAACGGAUCCGAGGCCAAGGGCCAGAGCCUCGUCGAGGAGUUCAAGAAGGACUUUUUGGAUAUGAUUGUCUCGGUGCAUCCCGCCGGCAUUCCUGGCGAAGCCCGCGGCAAGGCCUCCAACGUCAACUUUGCUGUGCGUCGGGCCAACACCCUCCUCUCGGUCAAGGGCUACCAAAUCAAGCAGCUUUUGCUGACGAUCCAGGAUGCGGAUUCCGUCAUCCCCGAACUCUACAUCCACUCUGUCGAGAAGGCCUUCAGCGAAGCUGCGGAUCCAUACAGCACCCUGUACUGCCCCUCCAUCAUCUUUUCCCGCAAUUCUCUCAGCGUCCCUGUCCCUGUCCGCAUCGUCGACAACUUUUGGAGCAUCAUGCACUCGCAGCAGCUCUCGAACCCCUUUGGCAUCCUCUUUCCCUGCUCCAAUUACUCCCUUAGCAUGAUCCUGGCCGACAAAGUGAACUACUGGGACACCGAUGCAGCCUCGAUUGGUGAAGAUAUGCAUAUGAUGCUCAAGUGCUUCUUCAAAGCCAAUGCCAAGGCUGUCCCCAUCUACGUGCCCAUCAACCAAGUCAAUGUCUCAACCCCCGGAUAUCUCUCCAACAUCAAAGCGCGAUACGUCCAGGCCAAGCGUCACUACUCUGGCUCGGCCGAAGUGGCUUACUGCUUGCGCCACCUUGCGCGGACGUCUCCCGCUGUCCGGUUCUCGACCUGGCUCGAACGCAUCUUGGCGACGCUCCUCAUCAUGGAAGCUUUCAUCUUCCCCUGCACGACCGGCUGGGUGAUGCCUCUGGGCACCCUGCUCUUUGAUCUGCUGAGACCCCACCUCUUCGACAACGAUCCUUUCUAUGGAAACGUGAUGCUGAUCGCCAAGAUGCUCACCAUCGUGGCCGGACUGCCCUUGCUCACCUGUGCGAUCUACUACCACCCCUUCCACAUCGCCGUCGAUCGAGAGCACUUCAAGAAGGAGCGCAAAGAGCAACAGCGCACCUGGUCGCAUCUCGCUGCCGAAAUCGUUUCGAUGCCGAUCGCCGCCAUGUUCCUCAUGAACAUUCCUGCUACUGUUUCGGUGAUAUCGCGGGCCAUCCCCAACCGAUCGUCGACCUACAUUGUCGCCGAAAAGAUCCUGGCCAACGAUGAAUGAACGAAGCA